CCAAUACUCUCACUUUGUCUUUGCCCUUUCUUGUUUGCCAUGCGAUUCUCUCUUCCCUGUUUCUGCUCCCCCUCCCCUCCCUAUCAGCCUGCCUCGCCCCACAACCCACCAUCACCAGCCUCUCGCCACUCCCAACGGCUCACCAGUCACGAGCCUGUUCGGUCGCUCUUCCCCCCUCGCUCCAUCCCCAGCAGGUGUCUCAGCUAGCCCCCAUUCUCCCCUUCCCCUCCCCCCCCCCCCCCCCUUUCUCUUCCCUCCCCUCUCCUCCCCUCCCCUCCCCCUCCCCCUCCCCCUCCCCUCCCCUCCCCUCCCCUCCCCACCCUCUCAGCUCGCCACUCCCAACGGCUCACCAGGGAAGGGGAGAGGCGGUCAGAGGGGUAGCGGAGCCGGGGCAGCGGAAACAAAUAGGGAGAGUGCGGAAGUGGUUUGUGAAGUGGGGAAGAGGGGAAAGAGGAAGGAGAUUGGAGGAAUGGAUGGGUGUGUGACGGUGGGAGCAUGGGCGGAUGCACAUGCAGCAGCGGUGACAGGAGUGGUGGUGGUGGUGCGAGGCAGGGGACUAGCAGCGCUCUACUCCUGCUCCCAGGCCUCGCGCACUGACCCCUCCUCACUUCGUCGCCCGCCACGGCCUUGCUCAGAUACCCUGGCGUGUCAUGCCAUUGCCAUACCCGGCUAUUCCCCUCUCCCAUCCCUCCCACCAUCCCCUCGCUCCCAGGACUUUGUCAAGUCAGUGGGGAGUGCUUCCUCGCGCACUGACCCCUCUGACUUUGUUGGUUGUCACGGCCUUGCCUGCUCACCCAAUCGCCUCCUCAUCGCAACGGUUCGGGACAUGGCUCAGCAUUUGAAGAAUGACAUGUACACCAAGUCGUUCAAAGCAGCAGUGCAGCUGUUCUGGAUAGCAGGCCAACGACUCAACCCCACCACCUCUCCUGCUGCUGCCCCGGCUGCCGCCCCUUCUGCCUCUGCUGCUUCUCCAAUGCACACAAUCACCUCUCCCAACCCUCCACCUGAGCCCCUUAUCUCCCACCUGCUGCGCUGCUGGGGCGUGCCAAGGAGAGGCAAGGGGGCGACAGCAAGGCGAGCGCGGGAGAUGGUGGCAUGGGAGCAGGCACUCCGCUCCUCCCUUUGCCGCCUGCUCAACAGUGGCUGUUUCUGCUGCCCCUCCUCCUGCUGCUGCUCCUGCUCCUGCACACGCCUUCAGCUGCGCCCGUCGCCCUUUCUCCUCUGGGACCUCCUCGCCUCUCUUCUCAGCCUCGCCAAGCAAGCUGCCUCGCUUCCUACCACUGCAGCUGCAGCCAGUUCCACCACCCCUUCCUCCUCCACCGUCCUGCCAUCUGCCAGCCUGACUGCCUCGCUCUGCUCGCCCCUCUCCCUCCUCAUCUCUCUCCUACUCUCCGAGCUCGUUUGGCAGCAGGGCACGCAGGAGGGAGAGGAGGAGCAGUUACGAGUUGGUGUGGGACGGUGGAGCCAGGUGCAGCAGGUGCAGGAGGGGUUGAGAAGGAUGCAGAAGGAAUUGCAGCAACGGUUGGCUUUGUCUGUUAUGGUCACUGCUGCCUUGUGUCACGGCGAGGAAAGAGGGAAUGAGAUGGAAGGGGCAGAGAGAAACGAGGUAGGAGGGGGAGAGGUAGCAGGAAGGGAGGCAGCCGGGGGAGAAGCGGCAGCAGGGGCUAACAAAGCAGCAAAGGGAUGCAUGGUGCAAGCAGCAAUCGAUUCGUGCCAGUGGGUGCUCUCUCAAACCACGCACACUACUACCACUGCCGCCGCUGCUGCUACUGGUGGUGGUGAUGCUAGCAGUGUAGGCCUGAAUAAGGCCACACAGGAGCAGACGGCAACGGAACCAACUGUCCUAGUGCAUCCCCUUCUCACAGCCUGUGCACAUGCAUUUGCACACUGGUCUGGAAUCACAACCCCUGCCACUCUCCCCACCCCUCACCAUAUCCCCCUCUGCCCGGUCACACUAAAGCCAAUUGAGGCCACCCAGCCAGCGUGGCAUUGUUUGUCCUGUAGCCGCUGGAUCUCCCCCGAAGGCAUGCACUGCCUGGACGCUUGCCGCCCGCUCUUCCUGCCCCCGGGCAGCCAAAACUUCUGGGUCCGGGCAGAGGCAUGGGCGGAGCGUUUAAAGGAAGCCACCGAACGAACAGAGGCAGCUGAAGCCUCUGGAAUAUCAGGUGAAGCAGCAGCGAAUCAGCUAUUGCCUGCUUGUAUGCGUGAAAUGGAAGCUACAGGGGAAGGGAAGUGGGUGAGAGGAGAGGAGGUAACAGCAGCAGCAGCAGCCACCACCACCAUGCCUGUUUGCCCGUACUGUGGGGUGCAAGUUGUUGCACCCACUUCAUGCACACUGCUGUCUCCCUCGCUUGUAUGA